AUGUGGGGAUUCUGGAACACGUUUUUGCAGCGUUUCAACAGCAGCAGCAAAACUUUGCAGUCUGUUCAGCUGAACCUAAAUGCUGCUGUUGGCGUUUUGAAAUCGUUAAAAGAUUUUAUUAAUGAACAGCAUACUAAAUUUGAUGCUUUUGAAGAAGCUGGUAAGCGUUUAACAGAUACUGAGGAGUAUGUUGUGGAACACCACCAUCUUCAACGUCGGAAUGUCCGUCAGCAGCCACUUGACUAUGGACACAGUGAAGAAGCUUUUAUACUAAGGCCUUUUUCCCAUGUGUUGACAAACUUUUAA